AUGAAUGAAGAGGGAAACAAAUUCAACUCAAAGACAGACUUUUCAUUUGGAGGGGAACCUUAUACGGUGUAUUUUACUACACCUGACACGGAUAACUUGAUGCUGACCAUUGAGCAUAGAAUAUCUUGUGAUCGGUGGUGUGGUAGAUAUAGUAGUCAACAAUACGAUUGUGUCAAAUAUCCACUUCCGCUUGCCUAUGAGGAACCUAAUGUAGAAAUUUUGAAAAAUAUGAUUCAGUCAUUGAGAACGGAAAAUGAACAACUUAGGAAACCAAGUAAGGAUAUUGAUAAAAUAGCUAGGGAAAAGAAAGAAAUUGAGGAAAGCUACAGAAAACUGCAAGUAGAAUCGGCCAAUGAAGUGAAACAUGUCAGAAAGCAAUACGAUGAAAUUGCAAGAGAGCUUCAGUCUCAAACUAUUGAAAAUGAAAGGCUGAAGAAACAAGUACUUCACUCUAAUAACACUAGGAAUGCUGAAUUUGAGGAAAAGAUUUUACAAUUAAAGAAAGAGCUCAAACAAGCAAAAGCAGAAAUAGAUAUUUUAAAGGUUGAAAAUAAUAGAUACUAUUCCAGUAAACCGAGUAGUGAUGGAAGAUCAAGCCCAGUAAUCAAAUCCUCUAGAGCAAGGUCUCCCUCUCCAAAAGUUUCUUCAUCUCCUCGAAUUGAAAGAAGUAGAUCUCCUUCUCCUGGAAGAAAAGUAUUGACUAAUAGUGUAGAAAAACGAACAUCGAACAGAUCUUCAACCGAGAAACACAGAAUUGACAAGAAAGGUUAUGAAUCUCCCAAGUCAACAAAGCUAUCCCUUCCAAAACCACCAACCUCCUCAAACAAUAGAGGAUCUAGGUCAAUAUCUCCUUCACUUCGCUCAAAAACGCCCACAUCUACAAAAGAAAUACCAGAAAGAAAACCAUCCAGAGGAAGAGUUUCAAGCUCACCAUCUAGGGCAAGGCAGAUGCCAGAAUCUCCAAGAAGACUAUCAAGCUCAAAAUUGGAGGAUAAAAAAAGAGGAAAACCAAUUAAGAAGACUUAUUAUGACACCUCAGAAGAUGAAAGUGAAUUGGCAAGCAACACUGAUAUGUACUCUUCACAUGCCAGUGCUUACAUAUCUGAUGAUUAUUCAGAUUAUAGUUAUACUUCUGAGGAUAGACGAAGCUACACGCGAAGUUCAUCAAGAGGCAAACAGCCCACCUCAGGUAAAUCUAAGAGUAAACGAUAA